AGACCUCCAAGGUCACGCAAAUUUGAAUAUUGAUGAGAUUUCGCGGGCUUUCUGCACCGCGUGACUCGGUUUGGCGGGAAAGCCGGCAGACGUUUUUUGAGGCUCGACAGGAAAGCAACAGAAAAUGGCGGAUUCUUCAGAGUCGCAGCACGUGGCCACCAGCCCCGAUCCGGUCUCCAGGAGGGGGGACCUGACCUCCAGCCCCGGCAGAGACCUGCCCCCUUUCGAGGACGAGUCCGAGGGCCUGCUGGGCGACGCGACGCUGGCCGCCGAGGAGGAGGAAGACGGGGACGGCGAGGAGCUGAUCGGGGACGGCAUGGAGCGGGACUACCGGGCCAUCCCGGCGCUGGACCGCUACGAGGCCGAGGGUCUGGACCUGGACGAGGAAGACCUGCACGAGCUGUCCCCGGGGGCGCGGGCGGCCGCCGAGGAGGCCAUGAGGCGGCGGGACCGGGAGCAGCGCCUCAGCGGCCGCCUCCGGAGGGGGCUGCUGUACGAUAGCGAAGACGAGGACGACGAGCGUCCGGCGGCGCGGCGGAGGCGCCUGGCCGAGCGCGCCGCGGAGGGCGCGGCGGACGGCGACGACGAAGAGAUGAUCGAGAGCAUCGAGAACCUGGAGGACAUGAAGGGUCACACGGUGAGGGAGUGGGUGUCCAUGGCCGCCCCCCAUCUCGAGAUCUACAACCGCUUCAAGAACUUCUUGCGCACGCACGUGGACGACAGCGGACGCAACGUCUUCAAGGACAAGAUCAGCGACAUGUGCAAAGAGAACAAGGAAAGUUUGGUGGUGAACUACGAGCACCUGGCAGCCCGGGAGCACGUGCUGGCGUACUUCCUGCCCGAAGCCCCCAUGGAAAUGUUGAAGGUGUUCGACGAGGCGGCCAAGGAGGUGGUGCUGGCCAUGUACCCCAAAUACGACCGCAUCGCCCACCAGAUCCACGUGCGCAUCUGCAACCUGCCGUUGGUGGAGGAGAUUCGCUCACUCAGGCAGCUCCAUCUGAACCAGCUGAUCCGGACCAGCGGCGUGGUGAGCAGCUGCACCGGCGUGCUGCCGCAGCUGGCCGUGGUCAAGUACAACUGCAACAAGUGCAACUUUGUACUAGGGCCCUUUUUCCAGUCCCAGAACCAGGAAGUGAAGCCGGGAUCGUGUCCCGAGUGCCAGUCCCAGGGACCGUUUGAGAUCAACAUGGAGGAGACCGUGUACCAGAACUACCAGAGGAUCACCAUCCAGGAAAGUCCCGGCAAGGUGGCCGCCGGACGUCUGCCGCGCUCCAAAGACGCCAUCCUGCUGGCGGACCUGGUGGACAACUGCAAGCCGGGAGACGAGAUCGAGCUGACGGGCAUCUACCACAACAACUACGACGGCUCGCUGAACGUGGCCAACGGCUUUCCGGUGUUCGCCACCGUCAUCCUGGCCAACCACAUCGCUCGGCGAGACGAAGGCGUGGCCGCGGCCGAGCUGACGGACGAAGACGUCAAGGCCGUCGUGGCGCUGUCCAAGGACGAAUGCGUCGGCGAACGCAUCUUCGCCAGCAUGGCGCCGUCCAUCUACGGCCACGAGGACAUCAAACGGGCGCUGGCCCUGGCGCUGUUCGGAGGAGAGCCCAAGAAUCCGGGAGGGAAACACAAAGUGCGAGGAGACAUCAACGUGCUUCUGUGCGGGGACCCCGGCACGGCCAAGUCGCAGUUCCUCAAGUACGUGGAGAAGGCGGCGAGCAGGGCCGUGUUCACCACGGGGCAGGGGGCGUCGGCGGUGGGCUUGACGGCGUACGUGCAGAGGCACCCCGUCAGCCGGGAGUGGACCCUGGAGGCCGGCGCGCUGGUGCUGGCCGACCGAGGCGUCUGCCUCAUCGACGAGUUCGACAAGAUGAACGACGCGGACCGCACCAGCAUCCACGAGGCCAUGGAGCAGCAGAGCAUCUCCAUCUCCAAAGCGGGCAUCGUCACCUCGCUGCAGGCCAGGUGCACCGUCGUCGCCGCCGCCAACCCCAUCGGCGGCAGGUACGACCCCUCGCUGACCUUUGCCGAGAACGUGGACCUGACCGAGCCCAUCGUGUCGCGUUUUGAUGUCUUGUGCGUCGUCAGGGACACUGUGGACCCUGUGCAGGACGAGAUGUUGGCCCGCUUCGUGGUGGGCUCUCACGUCAAGCAUCACCCCGGCAACAAGGAAGGGGGCGUGGCCUCGGAGGAGGAUCUCCCUCCCAACUGGUCCGCCGCGGCCCCCGUCCCCCAGGACCUCCUGAAGAAGUACAUCAUCUACGCCAAGGACAAGGUUCACCCCAAACUCAACCGGAUGGACCAGGACAAGGUGGCGCGCAUCUACAGCGACCUCAGGAAAGAGUCGGUGGCGACGGGCAGCAUCCCCAUCACGGUGCGCCACAUCGAGUCCAUGAUCCGCAUGGCGGAGGCCCACGCCAAGAUGCACCUGCGCGACUACGUGACGGAGGACGACGUCAACAUGGCCGUCCGCAUCAUGCUGGAGAGCUUCAUCGACACGCAGAAGUUCAGCGUCAUGAGGAGCAUGCGCAAGACGUUCUCCCGCUACCUGGCGUUCCGCAAGGACAACGACGAGCUGUUGCUGUUCAUCCUCAAGCAGCUGGUGGCCGAGCAGCUUUCCUACCAGAGGAACCGAUUCGGCGCGCACCACGACGCCGUGGAGAUCCCCGAGAAGGAGCUGCACGACAAGGCUCGCCAGAUCAACGUCCACAACUUGGCGUCUUUCUACGACGGCGAGCUUUUCCGCGCCAACAGGUUCGCCCACGACGCCAAGAAGAAAGUCAUCGUGCAGCAGUUGUGAAGAAAUCGUUUCCUGUAAAUAGAUGCAUACAUGUUGCUCCCUUCGCCUUGUUCUUCAUUAAACUUGUUUAUCAUCGGGA